UAUAUUUUUAUAAAGAUAUAUUAUUUUUUAAUAAAUUACAUAAAUAAAAAAUAAUAUUUUUAUUUUGAAAAAAAAAAUAAAUUAUAUAUAUAUAUAUAUAUAUAUAAAUAUAUAUAAAUGAACAUUUAUAUAUAUAUAUAUGCAUUUAUUUAUAUAUAUAAUAUUAUAUAAUAAUAUUUUUUUAUU